CGCCGCUCAGAGCAGAAGACUCGUUGUUGUGGAGAGGAAGAAAAGCUCCAGAAACCCGAGACGCGUUCACGAACACCCCGCCAGCGUCAGAAACCCCAGCUCUGCGUGUCCUUUAUCUUUUUUUUUUUUUUUUUUUUUUUUUUUUUUUUUUUUUUUUUUUUUUUAUAUAUAUAUAUAAAUUAAAAAUAUAUAUUCUUUUCUUGUAAAGCUCAACAUGGCUUGCGGGGCGACAUUAAAGCGGUCGAUGGAGUUCGAGGCCCUCCUCAGUCCCCAGUCUCCCAAGCGGAGGAGGUGCAACCCGCUCCCGGGGACUUCUGGCUCUCCGUCCCCGCAAAGGUGCAACCUGCGUCCGGCCGUCGAGAGCCCGACGCACCCGAUCCCCCAGGCCAUGGGAGGCGAACACAGGCUCACUCCAGAGCAGAUCUUCCAGAACCUCCGUCAGGAGUACAGCCGGAUCCAGAGGCGGCGGCAGCUGGAAGGGGCCUUCAACCAGACUGAGGCCUGUAGCUCCAGUGACUCCCCCAGCCCCAGUUCCUCCCUCAACGCUCCCAGCUCCCCACCAGGUGCCUCAAGGAAGGACCAGCCCUCGUUUACACUGAAGCAGGUGAGCUACCUGUGUGAGCGGCUGCUUAAAGACCACGAGGAGAAGAUCCGGGAGGAGUACGAACAGAUUCUUAACACAAAACUCGCAGAACAAUAUGAAUCUUUUGUGAAAUUCACACAAGACCAGAUCAUGCGAAGAUACGGAGCCCGGCCUGCUAGUUACGUCUCUUGAGCUCACCGUGAUGAGAUCCCGGCUUCCCCUCUCACUAGACGGCUGCUCUGCUACUGCCCCACCCCACCCCACCCCCUC